AUGCUCCCCAGCCCACCCCCGGUUUCCUCAGAGCACAGCAGAGGAACCAGGGGAAAGUCCACCUCCCCAAGCACAGCCCUACUAUCCACCUCACUCGACUGCUUGUCAGUUUCACUACCAACAGAAAGGGGCCUACAUAUCCAAGAAAAAAUGUCGAGUAAUGAUAAGAAUAAACUCAGUGACCCCAAGAAUGAGCCCAAGUUCUGUGACCCCAGAUGUGAACAAAGGUGUGAUACCAAAUGCCAGCCCAGCUGUCUAAGGAAGCUGCUGCAACGUUGCUCUGAAAAGUGUUUACGUGAAAAGUGCCCACCACCACCUAAGUGUCCCCCGUGUCCCCCAUGUCCCCCGCCAUGCCCCCUGCCAUGUCCCCCGCCGUGCCCCCUGCCAUGUCCACCACCAUGUCCACAACCAUGUCCACCACCAUGCCCACCACCAUGCCCCACCAGUGUGUGUUUUGACACUUGCCCUCCCAAGUGCCCCUUCUCAUGCCCACCCCCAGACUGAGGCACUAUGGGCAACAGUAACCCCACCACCGCUGGCCUCAAUUACCACCUACAACCUUGUGGGGCUGGAAGUGAAACCAUGAGCUGACAAGUAAACACGUUCCUCUGCUGUGCAA